AUGUCUCAAAAGAUUGGUCAUACUGGAUUAGCCUUUGCUCGCAUAUGGCAUCAUGUAGAUGCAGCCAAGGAUAAUAGAACAUUAGGUAGAUUAGCAAGUUCCAUUGCUAUAACAUUAAUUGGUAAGCAUAAACCUGUAUAUCACCCUACUCAAGAUUGUGGAGACUAUGUUGUAGUGACCAAUUGUCAAAAUUUAAAAAUUACUGGUAAAAAAAUGGAACAACGCAAUUACUGGUCUCAUACAGGUAGACCAGGUAGUCUAAAGUUAACUCCCAUGAAUGUUGUUGCUGAAAGAAAAGGUUAUGGUGAACUUUUAAGGAGGGCUGUUAGUGGUAUGUUACCCAAAAACAGAUUACGUAAAAUACGAUUAGAAAGAUUAAAAGUGUUUGAUGGUGAAGAAAAUCCAUAUAUGCACAAUAUUACUGCAUUUGCUAAUCAACAACCACUGGUAAUGGAAAAACUAGAAAAGAUUAAAGGAACAAACUGA